AGUUCUGGUCUCACAGUAGACUAUCCCGGUAUCAUGAAACAUGGAAAUCGAAACACUGAUGUUUGCAGCUCACCCAGGGGCUCUGUGAUCAUGACACUUUGAUGGAGUCCGUUGUCUUAUCAUGCACCGCGUACCACGUGUGUUGUGUCUGUUUUCCGCAGGCCUCUGACAGAACUCUGGGAUGCAUCGAGUCAGUUCUGGCAGCACAGAUGGAACCAGCUCUAUCACGUGUGGCAGGAGGCAACGAGUUCCUUCUAUCCAGCCUUCUAUGGAGUUCCAUGGUCGCCUUCUACUGGUUGUUCAAUGCAUUCUUCAUCUUCGUGGAGCUGACUGGAACCCCUUCGAGCAUCUUGCAAUAUCGUAUCCAGCCUAAAAAGAAGCCAGCUGUGGUGGAAUGGCAGACGUUCAAGAAGUGUUUGAAGGUUGUCCUCUUAAACCAGUUGGUUGUGGGUUAUAGCAGCCAACUUGCACUCUACUGGAUCUUCCAAAAGCGCGGCGGAUUAUUUGCCGAGACCCUGCCGUCCUUCCAGCGGUGCUUGGUGGAGCUGGCAAUCUCUAUGUUUAUCUUUGAGGUGAUUUUCUUCUAUUCGCACCGGGCACUUCACAUUCCCUUGUGGUACAAACACAUCCACAAGGUCCACCACGAGUGGACCGCACCAAUCAGCAUUUCUGGGCUGUACUGUCACCCGGUCGAGCAUGUCAUCGCCAACAUAUUGCCGGUAAUGGCUGGUCCCGCCCUGCUCGGCUCUCACUGUAUGCUGCUGCUGCUGUGGGCCUGUAUCUCGCUGGCCUCCGUGUCCGUCGCACACUGUGGGGCGGCUUCCACCUGCCGUUCAUGCCGUCCAACGAGUACCACGACUACCAUCAUGCAAAGUAUUGUCUGA